UUAAAGACCACAAAUAUGAGAGGCCAAAAAUUAAAGACUUCAAGUAAACCCAGUUGCCAUAGUAAAUUUGAAAGCCCAAAUAUCGACCCAAAUUAUGUACUUCUUGAUCUGCUUCUCACAUUAAUCCUUCCACAAACAAUGUUUCUUAGAGCCAAACUCCAACAACAUAAAUUUUCCCGCUUUUUCACAACAAACCAAACUGUCAAUAAUCAACAACAAUGUUUUCCCAUUACUCAACAAGUAUUAUUCCUCUUAAAAAAAUGCAUUACAAUCAAACAAGUCCAACAAAUCCAUACCCAAAUGUUAAUUCACUCUAUAGACAAAGUCAAUUAUUUACUCUCAAAAAUAAUAGACUUAAAAAAUUUAGACUAUGCUACUAUUCUUUUUUCACAUAUUAAUAACCCUAAUGAGUAUGCAUUUAAUAUAAUGAUAAGAGGGUUAACUACAACAUGGCAAAAAUUUGAUCUUUCUUUAGAACUUUAUUACAAAAUGAAGUCAUUAAGUUUAAAAACUGAUAAUUUUACAUACCCUUUUGUGUUUAUGUGUUGUGGCAAUCUUUUAGCUAUGAAACUUGGUAGAUUAGCUCAUUGUGAGGUGUUGAAAAACGGUUUGUUUGUGGAUUUUCAUAUAGGUCAUUCUUUGAUUACUAUGUAUUCGCGUUUCGGGAAGAUGGGGUUCGCGAAGAAAGUGUUUGAUGAAAUGUCACAAAGAGAUUUGGUUUCGUGGAACUCAAUGAUUUCAGGGUAUGCUCAAAGUGGUUGCUCGAGAGAGGCGGUGGCGUUGUUUAUGGAAAUGAGGGAUGAGGGGUUUGAACCUGAUGAGAGGACACUUGUGAGUGUUCUUGGAGCAUGUGGGGAUUCGGGAGAUGUGAAUUUGGGAAAGUGUGUGGAGGAGGAGUAUGUUGUGGGGAAGAGAAUGGAGUUGAAUUCUUUUAUGGGUUCAGCUUUGAUUAACAUGUAUGGAAAAUGUGGAGAUUUGGUUUCUGCUAGAAGGAUCUUUGAUGGCAUGAGGAAGAAAGACGCGAUCACUUGGAAUGCGAUGAUUUCAGGGUAUGCACAAAAUGGGUUGUCCGAUGAAACAAUCUCUUUGUUCAAUGCCAUGAAGGAGGCAGGAGUUAACCCAAAUAAUAUCACGCUGGUAAGUGUUCUCUCUGCAUGUGCUUCAAUUGGAGCCCUGGAUGUUGGAAAAUGCAUCGAUGACUAUGCAUCAAGAAGAGGUAUAAAGUAUGAUAUAUAUGUAGCUACGGCCUUAAUUGAUAUGUAUGCAAAAUCCGGCAAUCUGGAUGAUGCAUAUCAAAUUUUUGAAAGCAUGCCUAGAAAAAAUGAAGUCUCCUGGAAUGCAAUGAUUUCUGCUCUUGCCUUUCAUGGAAGAGCACAAGAAGCAUUAUCCCUAUUUGAGCGUAUGUCACUCGAGAGUAGUGAUGCCCACCCAGAUGAUGUCACUUUUGUUGGAGUACUCUCAGCAUGUGUACAUGCAGGGUUGGUUGAUGAAGGCAAGCGCAACUUUGAUAUAAUGAGUUCAUCAUUUGGUUUGGUUCCGAAAGUUGAGCAUUACUCUUGCAUGGUUGACCUUUUGUCUCGAGCUGGUCGUGUAUACGAGGCAUGGGAGUUUAUUGAGAAGAUGCCUCAAAAACCAGAUGAAAUUUUACUUGGUGCAUUGCUUGGUGCAUGUCAAAAGCUCAAAAAUAUUGAUGUUGGGGAACGAGUGAUGCAACUACUCCUUGAGAUGGAACCGUCGAAUUCGGGUAAUUAUAUAAUAUCAUCAAAGAUAUACGCAAAUCUACGAAGGUGGGAUGAUUCUGCAAGGAUGAGACAAUUAAUGAGACAGAAAGGUGUGACUAAAAUUCCAGGCUGUAGCUGGAUUGAGAUGGAUUCUCAACUUGUUGAAUUUCGUGCUGGCGAUUCGUCACAUCCAAUUGCGGAUGGGAUUCAACAGGCACUAGACUUGUUGUACGAGGAGAUGGCGGUAGAAGGUUAUGUUCCAAAUGCAAAUAUUGUGUAGAAAGUAUGUAAUUUUGCAGCAUGGAUUGUUGGAUAGGCCACUCGAUACCUUUAUGAUCAUCCCGAACUGAAUGCAUGGUCAGUUUGUUGGAUUCAGUAUGACUUGCCAGGUUCAUGUAUUGGUCUAAUACAUAUAUGUUGAUUACCUCAAGUACAUGUUACCAAGUUGUCAGUGACUCUUAACACACUAAUAUUUCUCAUUGACCUGUGGGUGUAGGAUCCUUUUGUGCACCAAAUGAGAAGCUAUAUAUAGAAGAACCAGAAAUGGUAACUGGACAAAGCAAUUUCAUUAAAUGAUGAAGCUUGAAGCAAUUCAAUCUCAGCCAUGCCGAGUGCAUAUUAAGAUUCCUUUCUCAAAUCCUGCAACCAAAGUGAACAUCAUCCAGAAAGUGGGCUCUAUUUUGCUGGACAACGUAGAAAUUUGCUGCUCCUUGACUGGUUGCUUGAUGUUCUUUUGUUGUAACUUCCUCUUUUUGUUGAUGUUCUUUUGUUGUACCUAAAGAGUGAAAGUUUAGCAUUUGAUGAAAAUAUGUAUACUAUUAUAGAAACACUGAAAGAUCCUUUCUGAAAAGAACAUGGCCAACGGCAGUCGAGGGUAUUGUAUUUCUGGGACAUUUCCAUUUUGAUUUAAUACUGAUUAUUAUCUUUUGGUACAUAUACAAAUAAGAAGAAAAUUGAGUAGCCA